AAGCGAUGCUUGCUCUCACCAGUGAUUAUUUUGGUGGCGUUUGUGAAGGAAAAUGUUUUGCCAGAGAGAAAUUGCAAAAACGACGUGAACAAGUGAUGGGAAAAGAGGUCCAAUGGGGGCCAGUGCAUCACAACUCGAGAAAGAUAUCGGCCAUGAAUUCCCUCCAAACGAACACUUCUUUGGGUUGGUAAAUUUUGGCAAUACAUGUUAUUGCAAUUCCGUUUUACAAGCACUUUUCUUCUGUCGACCGUUUCGCGAGAAGGUGCUCGCUUAUAAACCAGCGUCAAAGAGAAAGGAAACUUUGCUGACCUGCCUGACAGAUUUGUUCAAUAAUAUAUCGUCACAGAAGAAAAAAGUUGGCGUUAUUGCACCCAAGAAAUUUGUAGCAAGGUUGAGAAAAGAAAACGAGUUGUUUGAUAACUACAUGCAGCAGGAUGCUCAUGAAUUUCUCAACUAUUUACUCAAUACUAUUGGAGAUCUCUUACGAGGAGAAAAAAUCAAAGAAAAGGAAAAAGAAAAAAGCAUCAGUACUGGCAGCAUAAGCAGCAAGAGCAGUCUGUCUUCAAACAGUACUGUUGGCUCCAUUGGAUCUGCGAACAAUAACAUGGCAAAUGGCACCUUUUCAAUCAACACUAGUUCUAACACUACAGAUCAAAAGAGUGAACGUACAUGGGUACAUGACAUGUUUGAAGGGACUCUUACUAAUGAAACAAGAUGUCUGUGCUGUGAGACUGUGAGCAGUAAAGAUGAAUCAUUUCUGGAUCUGUCUGUGGAUGUUGAACAGAAUACAUCAAUAUCACACUGUCUGAGAGGAUUCUCCUCGACUGAAACUCUAAGCUCAGAGCACAAAUACUUCUGUGAAACAUGCUGCUCAAAGCAGGAAGCCCAAAAAAGAAUGAGAGUGAAAAAACUGCCAAAGCUUUUAGCUCUUCACCUCAAAAGAUUCAAAUACAAUGAAACUGUACAAAAAUAUUCAAAGCUGUCAUACAGAGUUGUGUUCCCUUUGGAAUUGAGAUUAUUCAACACUUCUGAUGAUGCUGUUAAUAGAGAUAGAUUAUAUGAUUUAGUUGCUGUCGUCAUUCAUUGUGGAAGUGGACCAAACAGAGGGCAUUAUAUAACAAUUGUCAAAAGCUAUGGUUUCUGGCUGCUAUUUGAUGAUGAUAUUGUGGAGAAAAUUGAACCACAUACCAUAGAAGAUUUCUAUGGACUCACGUCAGACAUCCAGAAGUCUUCUGAAUCAGGAUAUAUACUGUUUUAUGAAGCCAGGAACUAACUUCAACAGCAGGACAUCAAAAUGAACUAAAUUGACAAUAUAAUGAAUCAAUUAAUAGUGGGAGGUUACUGGGAAUGAAA